AUGUCACAGAAUUCAAUCACAGAAUGGGGCAGAGACGGGGCAGAGACGGGGCAGAGACGGGGCAGACACGGGGCAGACACGGGGCAGACACGGGGCAGACACGGGGCAGACCGGGGCAGACACGGGGCAGACACGGGGCAGACACGGGGCAGACCGGGGCAGACACGGGGCAGACACGGGGCAGACAGACAGGGGCAGACACGGGGCAGACACGGGGCAGACACGGGGCAGACCGGGGCAGACACGGGGCAGACACGGGGCAGACACGGGGCAGACCGGGGCAGACACGGGGCAGACACGGGGCAGACACGGUGCAGACCGGGGCAGAGCAAUGCAUGUUCCCCUUCUCAGUCGCUGCGAGCUGCCCAAGACAUCCAUCAUCACCCGCUCGCAACCAUGGCUGACCAGCCCCAAGCUCUUGUUGCAUCAGAAGCUCCUGAGGGUUUCGUCACGUGCGACCGGUGUUCCUUGCCUGUUGCCGAGUCCGAAAUGGCAGCGAAACGGAACGAGCACACCAAGCAAGUGGAGUGCAAAUCUUGCCGAUCGCUUUUGAGUCUUUUGAAGUACCACGUGAGCCCAACCGAGGUUUUUUCGAAGAUGUCGAAGGAUGAGGUGACCGGUUUUUUUCAACGAGCCCUGGAGGAGCGCAAACAGAAUGGUGGCAUUCUCAAGUACGAGGUUGUGCGCUCCAACUUGUUGAAGCACUUCCAGAAAGCAUCACAGACGUGGCGAAGCGCAGUGCUGAAUGGGUAUGAUCCCGUCGCAGUUCAAGAGAAAGGAUUCGCCAUGACCUGCCCAGUCUUCGGUAGCGUCUACCGUGUGGACCUUGUCACCAUCAAGCAGACCCAUGCAGAAGAAGAGGCGGAGAGUCAAAUGGUUGAGUUAGAGCAACGUGUGAGUCGCAAGCGCACGACCACGGAGCGCGCUGGCAGCAAUGGAGCCAAGCGUGUGAAGGGCCGAGGCAAAGGCAAGGGCAAGGAGGACGCUCCGAUGAUCGAAGAGCCGUCCGCUCAGGCCUUAGCAGAUGAUGAGGUGUUGCAGACCAUCGUGGACUUGGAGUGUGCGUCAGACGAUGACGUGCAGAUAGUCCUUCCAAAGGCAAGCCGCGGCAACGCCGACAAGCAGGCACAGAGGAAGCGUGAACAGGAGUUGAAGAAAGAACACAAGACAGUGUCUAUGCUAGCUGGCAAAGCUUUGCCAGCAUUGCAGCCUGUGUCAAACAGACUGGAGAACUUAGUCAAGGCCUUGGAGCCAAAGAAGGAGGAGCUGCCAGAAAUGACCGUUCGUUUGAUGCAUGAGAACAAACUGCGCUUGGAGAAGAUGGUUCACAGCUUCCAGCAGAUCAUGUUGAAGGUUGGGCAGAACGCUGCUGUGAACUUCACCGAUGUCACCUUCACGUGCAAGAAAAAUGGGGAAGCCGGGGUCACUGUCGCGAUCACAUCUGAGAAAGAGCUCCAGAGUGAAAUUAAAUCCUUGCAAGAAUGCUGCAAGGCGCUGCAAAUUGCCAAGAAAAACCUUGGCAAGUAG